UUACUGCAGCAAGCAAAAAUGAAGUCCCACUCACUGGAACACAGGAGCCAGGAGCAACCUUUGUUACAGCCCAAGCAGGACAUACUGGGUAUUCUCCCAGUGGGGAGCCCACUGACAUCCAGCAUCUCCUCUAGUAUCACCUCCAGUCUGGCUGCAACGCCCCCAAGCCCUGCUGGCACCAGCAGCAUACCAGGCAUGAAUGCCAAUGCCCUUCCCUUCUACCCAACCAGUGACACCGUUGAGUCUGUCAUAGAGUCUGCCUUGGAUGACCUGGACCUGAAUGAAUUCGGAGUGGCUGCCCUGGAGAAGACAUUUGACAGCAGCACAGUGCCCCACACGAGUGGCAUCAUGAUAGGUGGGAGUUUGCUGCAAAGUUCUGCUCCUGUAAAUAUCCCCGGGUCACUUGGAAGCUCUGCCUCCUUCCACUCUGCCUCUCCUUCUCCACCGGUCAGCCUCUCAUCGCAUUUCCUUCACCAGCCCCAGGGACACUUAAGCCAAUCAGAAAGCACGUUCCUGGGGACAUCAGCUUCUCAUGGAUCAUUAGGUUUAAAUGGGAUGAACAGCAGCAUAUGGGAACACUUUGCUUCAGGGAGUUUUUCGCCCAGUACCUCACCUGCAUUUCUGUCAGGUCCAGGUGCUGCUGAGCUGGCACGGCUACGACAAGAACUGGAUGAAGCCAAUGGCACAAUAAAGCAGUGGGAAGAAUCUUGGAAACAAGCCAAACAGGCUUGUGAUGCUUGGAAAAAGGAGGCAGAGGAAGCAAAUGAUCGCGCCAACACAGCUAACAUGGAAUGUGAACUGGCCCGGGAGGAGAGGGAAGCCUUGGAACUUCAAGUGAAGAAACUGCAGGAGGAGCUGGAGAGGAUCCAUACAGGCCAGGACCCACAGUUUCUGUGCUCCUUUGCUGACCUGGAAACGCUCUCACUGUCUUCACUGUACACCCUUCAGAAGCAGCUGCGGGCAAACCUGGAGAAAGUUGAUAAGGCGGUAUUUCAGAUGCAGUCAGUGAAAUGCCUUAAGUGUCAGGAGGAGAACCGGGUGGUGUUACCGUGCCAACAUGCAGUGCUGUGUGAAACCUGCGCCGAGGAGGGCGAGUGCCCCAUCUGCCAUCCCAACAGGCCCCACCCUCUCCAGUCGUGA